AUGGCCGCGGCGCCCGGAGGGUCUGCGCCGCCCGCCGGCCCCGGCCCGCGCCUGGGUUUCAGCACCGCGGACAGCGGCAUCGGCAUGAGCGGGCUAAACCCGGGUCCUGCCGUGCCCAUGAAGGACCACGACGCCAUCAAGCUUUUCGUGGGGCAGAUCCCGCGGGGCUUGGACGAGCAGGACCUCAAGCCGCUGUUCGAGGAGUUCGGCCGCAUCUACGAGCUGACGGUGCUGAAGGACCGGCUCACCGGCCUCCACAAAGGCUGUGCCUUCCUCACCUACUGCGCCCGGGACUCUGCUCUCAAGGCUCAGAGUGCACUGCACGAGCAGAAGACCCUGCCAGGGAUGAAUCGUCCUAUCCAAGUGAAGCCGGCUGCCAGUGAGGGCCGAGGAGAGGACCGAAAGCUGUUUGUGGGCAUGCUGGGCAAGCAGCAGGGCGAGGAGGACGUCAGACGCCUAUUCCAGCCCUUCGGCCACAUCGAGGAGUGCACCGUCUUGCGGAGCCCUGACGGCACUAGCAAAGGCUGUGCCUUUGUGAAGUUCGGGAGUCAAGGGGAAGCUCAGGCAGCCAUCCAGAGUCUGCACGGCAGCCGGACAAUGGCGGGCGCCUCGUCCAGCCUCGUGGUCAAGCUGGCAGACACGGACCGCGAGCGCGCACUGCGGCGGAUGCAGCAAAUGGCAGGCCAGCUGGGCGCCUUCCACCCGGCGCCGCUGCCGCUCGGGGCCUGCGGAGCCUAUACCACCGCGAUCCUGCAGCACCAGGCGGCCCUGCUGGCGGCGGCGCAGGGCCCGGGCCUCGGCCCAGUGGCGGCAGUGGCCGCACAGAUGCAGCACGUGGCGGCCUUCAGCCUGGUGGCAGCGCCGCUCUUGCCCGCGGCAGCCAACUCCCCGCCCGGCGGUGGCCCGGGCACGCUUCCGGGUCUCCCGGCGCCCAUCGGCGUCAAUGGAUUCGGUCCCCUGACUCCCCAGACCAACGGGCAACCAGGCUCGGACAGUCUCUACAAUAACGGGCUCUCUCCUUACCCAGCCCAGAGUCCCGGCGUGGCUGACCCCCUGCAGCAGGCCUACGCUGGGAUGCACCACUACGCAGCAGCCUAUCCGUCGGCCUAUGCCCCAGUGAGCACAACUUUUCCCCAGCAGCCUUCAGCCUUGCCCCAGCAGCAAAGAGAAGGCCCCGAAGGCUGUAACCUCUUCAUCUAUCACCUGCCUCAGGAGUUUGGUGAUGCAGAACUCAUCCAGACAUUCCUGCCCUUUGGAGCUGUGGUCUCUGCCAAAGUCUUUGUGGAUCGUGCCACAAACCAGAGCAAGUGUUUUGGGUUUGUUAGCUUUGACAAUCCAACCAGUGCCCAGACAGCUAUUCAGGCCAUGAAUGGCUUUCAGAUUGGCAUGAAGAGGCUCAAGGUUCAGCUGAAGAGGCCCAAGGAUGCUAACCGGCCUUACUGA